AUCGCCGGUUUCUGGUGCUGAGGCGAGACUGAGCCGCCACCUCCACACAAACCGCGCGAGGAAGGGCUCUCGCUUUCGGUCCCCUCACAUUCCCCUUCCGCGCCUGCGCGUUAAGCUAGGCGAGUCGGGAGUACAGUACAGCAGAACACACCCGAGGCCGGGCGCCACCCUGUUUGGAAGGAGAGGGUGACUGGCCGGCGAGAGUGGGGAACUUCCCGGAGGUUGGCGGGGUUUGGUGGUUGUUUUUUUUCCCCCUUUCUUCCCCCCCCUCCCCACCCCCGUCAGGCGACAUUUAGAACUGGCUGAAAGGGGAGCGAGCGAGUCCUCCCGCUUUCGAAGAUGGUCUUCGAAUCGGUGGUGGUGGACGUUCUGAACCGGUUCCUGGGCGAUUAUGUGGUGAACCUGGAUAGUUCCCAGCUCCAGCUGGGCAUAUGGGGAGGAGCUGUAGCACUUAAAAAUCUUGUAAUAAAAGAAAAUGCAUUGUAUCAAUUUGAUGUCCCAUUUAAAGUUAAAGCAGGUCAUAUUGGUCAGCUAAAUUUGCAAAUACCAUGGAAAAAUCUUUAUACUCAGCCAGUUGAAGCUGUUUUAGAUGAAGUUUACCUGCUUAUAGUACCUACAGCUAGUAUUAAAUAUGAUGCUGAAAAAGAAGAAAAGCAACAUCUGGAAGCAAAGCAAAAGGAAUUGCAAAGAAUUGAAGAUGCGAAACAAAAGAUUGCUGACAAAGAUAAAGCACAAGAAAAGCCAGAUACUUUCAUAGAGAAGCUAAUUACUCAAGUUAUAAGAAACCUUCAAUUGAAAAUUUCCAACAUCCAUAUACGAUAUGAGGAUGAUAUCACAAAUAAAGAUAUUCCAUUGUCAUUUGGUAUCUCACUCGAAAAUUUUAGUUUACAGACUUCAGAUCAAGAUUGGAAUCCAUGUAUUCAAGAUGCAACCACUAAAUUGUUCUAUAAGUUAGUUCGAUUGGACAACUUCUUUGCAUACUGGAAUGUGAAGUCUGAAAUGUAUUAUCAUGGUGACUAUAAAGAAUCUUUGAGUCAUUUAAAAUAUGGAAUUGCAAGCACUAAUGUGAUUCCAGAAGGCUAUAGUUUUGUAUUCCGUCCGAUUUCAGCUAAAGCUAAGCUCCGUAUGAAUCCACGAUCUGAUGUUGACUUUUCUGCACCAAAACUAGAUCUGGAUGUAAAUCUUCAGGAUAUAACCAUUGAACUGAAUAAACCACAGUAUUUCAGUAUUAUGGAACUCCUUGAAUCAAUUGAUAUGAUGACCCGGAAUUUACCAUAUAGAAAAUAUAGGCCAGAGGUUCCUGUUCACAACAAUGCCAGGAAAUGGUGGCGAUAUGUUACACAAGGCAUUCUUGAAGUAAACGUCCAACCUAAGCUACAAAUGUGGUCUUGGGAACAUAUUCGAUACCAUAGGAAUCAAGUGAAAAGUUAUAAAGAGCUCUAUAAAAUAAAAAUAACUUCAAAGAAGGUUACACAAGAGAGUUUGUUUAUGUUGGAGGAUCUAGAGAAGACUUUAGAUAUAUUCAACAUCACUCUAGCAAGACAACAGGCAGAAUUUGAGGCUAUUAAAGCUGGAUUAAAGAUUUUCAAACCAGGUGCUAAACAAGAUGAUGAAGACUCUGGUGGCUGGUUUAGUUGGAUGUGGGGAUGGUCUGGAGGAAAAAGUGUUGAAACAAAACAAGAACCAAAAGGUAUUGAACAGUUCAUGACUCCACAAGAAAAAGAUAAACUCUAUGCAGCAAUUGGAUAUAGUGAAACUCCUGUCGAUCCAACAUUGCCAAAAACGUAUGAAGCUGUGAAGCUGUAUGUAAAAUUAAUAAGCAUGUCAGUGCUAAUCAGGGAAAACAAGGAGAAGCCUGAGCUGAUAAAACUUGCAUUAAUUGAUCUGCGUACGAUAGUAGCACAACGUCCUGGUGCUGAAGCAAUAAGAUUUGAAUCAAGUGUAAGUGCAUUUGAAGUUCAGGGCAUGGCUCAGAAAAAAACAGUACCCUGUCUGCUGUCCUCUCACACAGUCCAUUCACAGCACAAUGCAUCACUCUUCACGAUAAUGUUUGAAACCAAUCCCUUAGAUGAGAAUUGCAAUCAGAGACUAAUAAUAGAGUCACAGCCUUUGGAAAUAAUAUAUGAUGCCAUGACCGUGAAUAGUUUACUUGAUUUCUUCCGACCCCCAAGUGAUGUUCAUUUAGAGCAAAUAACUUCAGCAACCUUAACAAAAUUGGAAGAAUUUCGUGACAAGACAGCUACAGGAUUAGUGUAUGUUAUAGAAACCCAGAAGGUCUUAGAUUUAAAAAUAAAUCUUAUGUCUUCCUAUGUCAUUGUUCCACAAAAUGGAUUUUAUGAAACUACGUCAAAUAAACUGCUUUUGGAUCUAGGUCACUUAAAGAUGAGUAGUAAAUGUCGGUCUACCUUGUCAGAUAUCAAAGUUGGCGAAAGUGCUCUUGAAGAUAUUAUGUCAAGAGCAUAUGAUAGGUUUGACAUUCAACUCAGUAGCAUACAGCUACUUUAUAGCAGACAUUAUGAAAACUGGGAGGGGGCUCGUAGGUUACAAUCCUCAUCUCAACAUAUCUUGCAACCUCUGGAUGUGAAAAUGGAACUGAACAGAGCAAUGGUUGUAACAGAUGCAAGAAUGCCCAAGUACAAAAUGUAUGGUGAGCUGCCAUUACUUUCAUUCAAUAUCUCAGAUGAGAAAUUAAAAUCUAUUCUGGAACUUAUUGACAGCAUUCCAAAACCAAAAAAUUCAUCUGACUCCACAACUGUUCUACAACCUUCCAAGCUUCAAGCAUCUUCUCUGAUAACAACACCUCAAAUGUCAACCUCAGUACUUCCAUUUUUAGAAGCUCUUUCAAUAACUGGAUCAAGUGAAUCUGAGGAUGAAUUUUAUGAUGCUCCAAGUAGUCCUUUGGAAGACCUACCAUUUUUUGAAGCACCUUUGGGCUCACUGAGUAGAACUAGUAGCUUCCGAAAAAAAACAGCAAAAACUGAACCUUUGAAAAAUAUGACUGAUUUCCAAUUAAGAUUUGAAAUAUCUGAGGUGUUUGUUCAGGUGUGUCGUCUUGCAGAAGACAUUGAAAAGCCAAUUCUUCGGUUGGAAAUUUUAAAAUUAGGCACUGAACUUAAACUCAGAACAUAUGACAUGACUGCUACUGCUUUUCUUAGAGAAAUUUGCUUAAUGUGUCCAGAAUAUAUAGAUAAUAAAGACCAGCCUGUUUAUAUUAUUUCAACUCUGGAUAAUUCAGUGGAAGAUCUUCUAUCCAUUGAGUACAUCAAGGCAGAUAUUAAUGCUCCAGAACUGAAGAGUACUUACCAGAAUGUUCUACAGUUGAUAAAGGUGACUUUUUCUUCUAUAGAUAUUCAUUUACAUACAGAAGCACUUCUGAGUACAAUGAAUUUUCUAAAUAGUCUCCUUCCAACUCAAGAGGCUAAUACAGUAGAAAUUGUCCAAGAAAAAGAAGAAAAAAAAGAAGUCCUUAGGAAAUUUAGUUCAAAAAAAUCAAAACAUGAGGAUGUUUGUGAUCUCCAUCUUUUGGUAGACAUGAAUUGUUUACGUAUUUUUAUAAGAGAACAGAAACGCUGGAUCUCAGAAAUUAGCAUAGAAGGUCUUGAUAGCCAAGUGGUAAUGAAGAAAGAAACAACUGAAAUAUCUGCUAAAUUAAAAAAUAUAAUUAUUUUGGAUUGUGAUGUGACAGCACUUUAUAAAAAGGCUCUCUAUAUAACUGGAAAAGAAGUCUUUAGUUUAAAAAUGAUUACAUACACAUGUGCCACUGAUGGUGCUUCCUUUACAAAUAUGAAUGCUGUUGACAGCAAGAUUUAUUUAACUGUUGGAUGUAUUCAAAUUAUUUUUGUCAACAAAUUUGUUUCUGCAAUUUUGGCUUUUGUAAACAAUUUUCAGAUGGCAAAGGAAGCAAUUACUGAAGCCACUGUUCAAGCUGCUGAAAAAGCAGCCUCAGGUGUAAAGGAAUUAGCUAAGCAGAGUUCCCGAAUGGCAUUGGACAUUAACAUUAAAGCACCUGUUGUCAUAAUCCCACAAUCAGCGGUAUCUACUGAUGUUUUAGUUGCUGAUUUUGGUAUGAUCACCAUAAAAAAUGAGUUUAUACUUGUGAAAACAAAACUUCGUUACAGUGUCCCACCAGUUCUUGACAGUAUUUGUGUGAAGCUGAGUGAACUAAAAUUAUUCAGAUCAAAUAUUAUGAGUGGAUUAUUACAAAAUGAAUUACAACUACUGCAGCCACUAAAUCUUGAAGUUAAAGUUGAACGCAAUUUAGCUGCUCUUUGGUAUCAUGAAAUUCCUGACAUUAACAUAUUUGGGCGUCUCAAGCCAAUUAAUCUAAUUCUCAGUGAAGCAGAUAUAACUACAAUGUUGAGAACUUUGAAUGAAAAUUUAGGAGAUAGCUCUGAACCUCCAUCUGUACAAGAAAAAAAAGACGUGCUAAGCAUUCAUAGUGGAGCUGCAAGUGUCUCCCAGCAUUCUGGAGCUGGAACAACAGUGGUGACGUCAGCUGUGGUAGAAAUGCAUUCCUCGGUUAAAGUAAAAACAACAUUAAAACUAGACUUUCAGUUUGAUUCUCUGACUCUAGUUUUGUACAGCCCACAGUCCAAGCAGCCUCAAGUUAAGGAUGAACGAGAUAAUAGUCUAAAACUUGCAGAAUUUAAAUUACUGUUAAUUGCUGCUGCUCUCAAGAUGUUAUCAGAUGGGUCACUGAAUGCUUCAGUUAAGUUAACAAAUUGCACCUUAGAUGAUAAACGAGAAACUGUACAGAAGGCUACACCAAGAAUGGUAGAAAUGAAACAUGGAUCUGAAAAGAAAGUCAUGGUGAAUAUAAGCUAUAAACAGGGGAGAGAUGGCACCACCGUUGUGGACACAAUUGUUGAGGAAACCUAUCUCUGUGCUAGUGUAGAAUUUCUGCUUGCUGUUGCAGAAGUUUUUCUAAAUGCUAAUGCUGAAAGCACUGCUGCAAAUAAAAACUUCAGGCAAACACUGGCUACAAAAGAACAAGCUCCUGUACAGUCAGCAUCUACAAUGGAAAUAAAUCUUACUGUUAAAAAUCCUGAUAUAGUGUUUGUAGCUGAUUUAACUCGAAAAGAUGCUUCUGCAUUGGUAGCCACAGCACAGUGUGAAAUCUCCAUAAAAAGUGCACCUGGAAUAUAUAAAAUGACAGCUGUUGUUGAAGAUAUAAAUGUGACAGCUUGUCCAUUUUUUCCAGCUCUGAGGAAAGGAAAUAUUACCACGGUAUUACAACCAUGUGAUCUUUUCUUUAAUAUGAUGCAGUCAGGUGAAGAACCACAGAAAGCUGAGCUGUCAAUAAAAUCCCUAACUAUUAAGGUGUCACCUUUUAUCAUAAAUACAGUUAUAACUAUCACAUCAGCACUUUUCCCAACCAAAGAGACUGCAGAAAAAGAUCUUAGCCCAGUACCGCCAGAUCUUUGGGAUAAGAAGAAUAUUAAAAAUCUAAAUAUGUGGUUUCUUGAAGAGUCCAUUGAAAACAAAGAUCCUGCUUCGGUAGCUGAGUUAAUUCCUACAGGAGAGUCAUUAACAAUGAAAAUUGAAACUGUUGUUAUAACUCUUGAAGCUGGAGUUGGUCACAAAACAGUACCAAUGCUUUCAGCAAAAUCCUCAUUUUCUGGAGAAGUCAAAAAUUGGAGUAGUCUAAUCAAUCUCUCAUCACGUCUUGAACUAGAGGUACACUAUUUCAAUGAAAUGUUUGGUGUUUGGGAACCAUUACUUGAGCCACUAGAAGUAGAAAACAGUGAUGAAUUCAGACCAUGGGUUCUAGAAUUAAAGAUGAAAAAGAAAAACAAAAAAGCCUUUGUUGAAUCAGUGGCAGAAGAAGAACACUAUAAAGUGCCAGAAUAUAAAACAGUAAUAACUAUUUAUUCUCAAAAUCAGUUGAACAUUACUUUAUCCAAAUGUGGGCUAUUAAUGUUGAGUAAUCUAGGCACGGCAUUUGCAGAAGCAGCUACCGAGGCUUCAGAAAUAUUCAAAAAAGAUAGGGCCCCUUUUGUAUUAAUAAAUUCCCUAGGAGUCUCCAUCACUGUUUUGCCCAGUGAAUCCUUCAGUGUUCUUAAUAUUGAACCAACAGCAAAUUCAUUUCAUCUUGAAGAUGGGCAAAGUCUAAAUAUGGAAUAUAUCAGAACUAAAAGUGAGCAAGACCAGUUCACAGCAAUGACCACUCUAAGCAGCAAGGUAUUCUACAUUUGGCUCACUCCUCAGAAUCAUUCUACUACUGACAAGAUCCCAUUGACAAAAGUGGGUCGGAGCUUGUACAGAGUUAGACAUAAUGAUUCAGGUGUUGUAAGAUCUAUUGUUUGUCAAAUUGAUACUGUUGAUGGGAGCAAGAUAGUAACUGUACAUUCUCCAAUUCAGAUAAAGAAUCAUUUUUCAAUUCCUUUGAGUAUUUAUGAAGAUGGAAAAUGUUUAGGAAUAGCACUACCAGAUAAUGAAUUUAACAUACCAUUAACUUCCUAUAGGUCAUUACUGUUUUUUCGACCAGUAAUUGAUGAAACUGAAACUUCUGGAGAAUAUGAAUCCAGUGAAGGUGUUAGCUUUGAUGAAAUGGUGAAGAAUUUUGACAAAUUGCUACAGAAGAAAUGCCGGUCUUUAAAAUCACCUAAUCAUCCACUUAUUAUCAACAUUGUUCCAAUGCAAGAUACUUUGAUAACUUCAUCGUGUACAGAUGAUCAGUGGGAUUUACCAUAUGUUGUUCAUUUGUGGUCUUCUGUUAUUCUCCGCAAUCUACUUCCAUAUCAGAUUGCCUAUUCUUUAGAGGGAUAUAGUACCCCACGUAGUGCUCUAGAAGCUGGAUGUUCUGCUCAGAUUCAUAAUGCAUUAUUGGAUCAGAGCAAGCUGGAAUUGCAUUUACUUAAUUAUCUUGAUAAAGAUUGGACUACUGAAUACUGCAUCCAGUCAAAUCAACAAGAAAUUAGUUUCAUCACAUUUUCAUGCGCUAGUGACCUGGAUAGGACAGAUUUGGAUAUAGCUAUCCAUGUGACAUAUGCUACAGGACAAGUGAUUAUAGCAAUUCACAGUCCCUAUUGGAUGGUCAACAAGACGGGUCGAAUGUUACAGUAUAAAGCCGAUGGUAUUCACCGCAAACAUCCACCUGACUACAAGUUGCCACUUCUCUUUUCUUUCCAGCCUAAACACUUUUAUCAUGAUAACAAGGUUCAGCUCAUGGUGACAGACAGUGAACUUUCUGAUCAUUUUUCCCUGGAUACAGUUGGGAGUCAUGGCUUUGUAAAAUGUAAGAGCCACAAAAAGGAAUACCAGGUUGGUGUCACUAUACAUAAUAGCAGCUUUAAUAUCACUAGAAUAGUGACUUUCACACCUUUUUUAAUGGUCACAAAUAGAAGUACAUACAUUUUAGAAGUAGCUGAAGAAGGCAAUGAAAAUUGGAUACCAAUACUUUUCCAACAGUGUAUUCCAUUUUGGCCUGAAAAUAAUGACAGCAAGUUACAGGUUAGAGUAAAAGAUUCUUACAUUCCACCCAAUGUUAUACGAUUUGAUAAACAAGAAAAUUGCUUACUACUUCACUUAGAUAAGAAGCUUGGUGGCAUUACUGUGGAUAUUACUCUAGCUGAACAUUCAACAACAAUUACGUUCUCUAAUUACCAUGAUGGUGCAGCCCCAUUUCUGAUAAUUAAUCAUACCAAAGAAGAAGUAAUCGAAUAUGGACAAAGUUCUCUCACUUCAAUGGAAGAAACAUUAGAACCAAAUAAAGCAGUACUGUACACAUGGGCAGAUCCUGUAGGUUCUAGAAAACUGAAAUGGAAAUGUGGAAAGAACAGUGAAGAAAUAACUCAGAAAGAUGACCUGAUGACACCAUUUCAAGUGGGAGCCAAGGACAUUUUUAUAGUUUCAUUUUUUGAAGGUUUGCAGCGUAUAAUCUUAUUCACUGAAGAUGAAAAGGUUUUCAAAAUGACAUAUGAAAGUGAAAAAGUGGAAUUAGCAGAACAAGAAAUAAUUGUAUCAUUGCAAGAUGUUGGAAUUUCUUUAGUAAAUAACUAUUUAAGGCAGGAAAUAGCUUACAUUGGAAUCACAAGCUCUGAUGUAAUUUGGGAGACAAAACCCAAGAAAAAGUCAAGAUGGAAGCCACUAAGUGUGAAGCAAACUGACAAGCUGGAGAAAGAGUUUAUUGAAUACUGUGAUAACUCACCUACAGAAAAUAAAGUAGUGGAACUUGAUGAUAAUAUUCCGGUCUGUUUGACUCCUACUGGUAAUAACAUGAAAAUAUUGCAGCCAUUUGAAUUUCCUGUGAGAAGAAGCUUUUUGCCAGCUUUAAAACUACAAUACAGUACCUCUGAACAUCAGUCUUCUUUCAGAGUACAAAUCUAUAGAAUACAGAUACAAAAUCAGAUUCCUGGAGCCAUAUUUCCUUUUGUCUUCUAUCCCAUUAAACCUCCCAAGUCCGUCUCAUUGGAUUCAGAACCCAAGCCAUUUACUGAUGUCAGUAUUGUUAUGAGAACUGCAGGACAUUCUCAGAUAUCACGCAUAAAGUAUUUUAAAGUUUUAAUUCAAGAGAUGGAUCUCAGAUUAGAUCUUGGUUUCCUAUAUGCGCUGUCCGAUUUCUUUACACUUGUUGAUGAACUUCCCAAAGACCAAGAGGUUGAACUUUUUAAAAAGGAUAUAGAAUCUGCACAGGAAGAAUUAAAGAAUGCAGUAUCAACUGACACAUCACAAAUCAGUUUAUAUGAAUAUUUUCAUAUCUCUCCAAUCAAGCUGCAUUUAAGCUUUUCACUCAGUGCUGGUGGAGAAGACAGCAACAAGGAUGAAAAACACAAGGAACUGAUUCCUGUUCAGUCCUUAAACCUCUUGUUAAAGAGCAUUGGGGCCACACUUACAGAUGUGCAGGAUGUUGUUCUUAAGUUGGCUUUCUUUGAACUGAACUAUCACUUCUGUACUACCCAACAAUUGCAGUGGGCAGUUAUCAUGCAUUAUUCAAAGCAGGCUAUUAAACAAAUGUAUGUUCUUGUUCUUGGUCUGGAUGUUUUGGGCAAUCCAUUUGGAUUCAUAAGAGAUUUGUCUGAAGGAGUCGAAGCAUUUUUUUAUGAACCUUAUCAGGGGGCUAUCCAGGGUCCAGAAGAAUUUGUAGAAGGAAUGGCACUAGGAUUGAAAGCCUUAGUCGGUGGCGCUGUUGGUGGACUAGCUGGUGCUGCUUCAAGAAUAACUGGUGCUAUGGCUAAAGGAGUAGCAGCAAUAACUAUGGAUGAAGAUUAUCAGCAGAAACGACGGGAAGCAAUGAAUAAGCAACCUACUGGCCUGAAGGAGGGCUUUACUCGUGGAGGAAAAGGCUUAGUAUCUGGUUUUGUCAGUGGCAUAACAGGAAUAGUAACCAAGCCAAUAAGAGGAGCCCAAAAGGAAGGAGCAGCAGGCUUCUUCAAAGGAGUUGGAAAAGGAUUAGUAGGAGCAGUAGCAAGGCCUACUGGAGGAAUAAUAGAUAUGGCUAGCAGCACUUUUCAAGGAAUUAAAAGAGCUACAAAUGCUUCUGAAGAUGUCCUAAGCCUGCGUCCUCCACGCUUCUUUGGGGACGAUGGAGUCAUUAGACCGUACAGAUUAAGAGAUGGUGCUGGAAGUCAAAUGUUACAGCUCUGAGUAGUUGGUACCAUGAUCCAUAAAUCUGGUAUGCCUCCAGGGAGUUACAUUACAUUCCAAGGAAGAAAGGAAAUCUAUUGAAAGCAAGAGCAAAGCUGUUUGGAUCACAAGUUAUCUUUUUUCAAGGUUUUCUGUUUUAUGCUUUAGUUAUAAAAUUUAUAAGUUCACUGAUCUACAAAAUGUAAAUUAUUUUACCUUACGUAGCCAUGAGCCAGUUUAGCUUGUGCUUUUUAAAUUCAAAAAAAUCUUAGGACAUAUUUAAAUAGUUGGUUGAAUAAGAGGUUGAAAUAUAGGAUUAACAUACUCCACUGAGUAGUGUUUUUCUUCUGCAUGCUAUAAUUCAAAAGCUACACCUCAUCUUUAAUUUUGUUCUUUCAUUCUCUUGCAUUUAAAAUUUCAACCCAAACUGACUAGCAUCAACUAACUCUUCUGCUUCUUUCUUCUCUUACUCAUGCUUACAGAAAAGACAGGCCUACAGGAAAUGGACUUUGUGCCAUAUUAGUGGUAGUGAUGAUGAUGAUGAUGAUGAUGAUGAUGAUGAUGAUGAUGAUGAUAACAGUUAGGAUAAUAAUGUAUGCCUUGUUGAAUUGCAACAGCUGAAUGUUACAUUUCUUUUAUAAGACUGCCAGAGAAAAAAUUCCAAUAAUUGUUAUAAAAUUGUGUUUUACAUGUAAAUUUUAAAAUAUAUUCUAAUCAGCAACAUAAAUUAAAAGAAUUUGUUAUUUAAUUUGUCUAUAUUUCAAUUGUCACAUUGAAACAUUGUUUGACAUUGACCAUAAUCUUGUGAUAAUUACUUAAUUGAAAAUAUUGUCAAAAGAUUAUGUAGUCCUUGUUAAAGUACUGUAUUUUCCAUUCCUUUAUUUUAAUGCUUUAAAUCAUUUGUGCGUUUUUUAGAAAAAUUCCUUUUAUAUAUGAAUACAGUGUCUUGUGUUCUCACAUACAUUGUGGAUGUUAAUAUUGUCUUAUAUUCUUUUUAGGUAUAUUGUCUUUAUUCUGUAAUAACAAUAAAUAAGUCUAUAUAAGAAAAGAUUGAUUUCUUCUGUUCAAAUUUUCACACCAUUUUUCCUAGCCUUACUUCUCUCUCUUCUAAAUUUUUAAUAGAAAAGUUUCAUCUAUCAAAAUUGAUAGCUUUAUGUCUUACAUACUUUCAUCCUUAGAGACUUAGUUUACCAUAUAUUUUGCUUUUAUAUUUUCAUUUAUUUUAAACUAUUUUAUUAAAUGUAGAGCGAAUAGAUUUUAUUUCUCUGAUUAAAAUAAAACUCUAAUAAUGACCUGAAUAUAAGUGUAUGCAGAAAUAAUACAAAUUUGAAAUAUUUGGAUGGCCAAUCAGUAAAAACUAUAUUACUAAUGAGCCAAUUUUCCAUUUGCAAAUUUGCUUCUUGCCUACAAAAGAAAAUUUAGAAUAUUCAAAGAUUAUUUUAAUAAUUCUACAUAGGGUCUAUUCUGUGAUCUGUUUCUUAAUGAAUCUAGAGAAAGAAAUCCACUCCAUUCUAAACUUGAUCUUGGUAGCUAAAGUUUCCGAAACAUAGAAACCUAAAUUGAUGGUUUGUUUUUUUUUACUGUUGUUUUAUUUUAAAAGUAUAUGUAGUUUAUAUGUGGCUAUUUCUGUUUCAUCUGACAGUGAUGAUCCAUGGGUCAUCUUUGAAGUAUAUAAUAGGUUUAAAUUCAGUGGUUUAUUUUAUAAAAUUUUAUAAAAUUUCUUUUACUUUUAUAUAUUAGUAAUUACAAUAGCAUAGCACUUAGACUUGUAUACCAUCCUUUAGUGCUUUACAGCACUAUCUGGGCAAUUUACAAUUUCAGCAUAUUGCCCCCAGCACUCUGCGUCCUCAUUUACAUUACAAUGCUAUUAAAAUCCAAUUUUCUUAGGAAAAUAUAGCUUUAAAAGACCUAACCACAAAGGUUAUUUUUUAUCAGAAAACAGGAAAAGAACUUGGAUUUGCAAUGGAUUAUUUCUGGGAUAGGGUCUUCGAGUCAAAAUGUUUCCAACAAUCGUAUUUGUAAUAUACUCACUGAUACUGAAUAAUUUUUCAGUUUGGCCAGCCAAAUGGCCUAUAUUUUUUGCUUGAAAUAUUGGGUUUAUUGAUAAACAAAAACAGAUCUCUGGACCUACUACUAUAGAGGUUUUUUUUAAAAAAGAAAAUGCAUUUUUUUCUUCAAACCUAACCUGAACCUUUUGUUAGUGCAUAUAACUUGGCACUAAGAAAAGAAGUGGCAACUUUAUGCAGUAGAGCUUUGUCUCUAUUGUGACAACAACCAUAAGUCUAAGUAAACAGCAUAAUGAACAGUGUUAUCUCACUUUAGAUAUAUGGACAAAUAAAAUAAACUUUUUGAUGAAUUCAUAAGCACCAUAAAUAAUAAAAGUAGGGUAGGUGCCUUCUCUUAUUCUAUGGCUUCAUUAUCCAAGAGUCAUUUAUCCUUCUGAAUGAGGUAAUUAAAUAAAUAUUUUCUUAAGAUCAGCUUAUAUAAGUAGAAAUUGUUUACUCAAGGAGCAAACAUUUUUUUUUAAUUCUUUCUAUGAAUCUUACUUCAUCUUUCUAUGAAUCUACUUACAAAAGUAGAAAUCCAAUAAGAGCACAACAUAUUUAUUAUUCCUCAAAUCCUUUAUGUCAAUUAGAUUUGGUUUCUGAUUAUACAUAUUAGGUAACUUCGGAAAUGAUUGGGUCACAAAUUACAACUGAAUCAUUCAUUCAUUCAAUCAAUCAAUGAUUCUGGGCAGCUUACAAUUCAAAUCCAUUAAUGGUUGGAAUUUUCCAGUAUUGUGGGAUUAAUACAGUGCAAUGUAGUGUUUAAAACUUUCUUGCCAAGAACAGGAUGAAAAUAACAAUAUAAUGGAGAAUUUUACUUGUACUCAGAAAACUUCAAUAAAAACAAUGUAUGGAUAAUAUAUAUCAGGGUUGAACUGUAGGGUCCUUGGUGCUUUCUGAGCUUGAUUGUUUCCUGGUAGACAUUUCAUCCCCUGACUAGGUAACAUCAUUCAUUUCAUUUCAUUUCAUUUCAUUUAUUGGAUUUAUAUACCGCCCUACUCCCGAAGGACUCAGGGCAGUGAACAGCCACAGAAUAAAACACAUAAAUACAAAAUUUAAAAACAGAAUAAAACCGAAUUAAACAAUUUGGCCGAGACAAAUUUAAAACACCCAAUAAUUUUAAAAACAAAUUAAAAUUUACAUUUUAAAGGGGAAAGAUUUAGGCCAGGCUGGCUUGAUGGAAUAAAAAGGUCUUGAGAGCGCGACAGAAGCUUCAAAGGGAUUUAGCAGGCAAAAGUUCAGGCUUUAUCUCCCUUUUCUAUGUCAACGCUGAGACGCUGACAUCGCGCAGAUCCGGGAUCUUCCGUAUCUCCGGGGGGAGCUCAUUCCAGAUAGUAGGUGCCCCCACAGAGAAGGCUCUCCCCCUGGGGGCCACCAGUCGACAUUGUUUGGCCGACGGCACCCAGAGGAGCCCCUCUCUAUGAGAGCGUACCGGCUGGUGGGAGGCUAUUGGUGGUAGCAGGCGGUCCCGUAAAUAACCAGGUCCUAAACCAUGGAGCACUCUAAAGGUGAUAACCAAAACCUUGAAGCGCACCCGGAAGACCACCGGGAGCCAGUGCAGCUCGUGCAGGAGAGGUGUUACAUGGGAACGCCACGUCACUCCCAUAACCAUCCGCGUGGCCACACUCUGCACCAGCUGGAGCCUCCGGGUGCUCCUCAAGGGAAGCCCCAAGUAGAGAGCGUUGCAAUAGUCCAGGCGGGAGGUGACGAGGGCAUGAGUGACUGUGUGUAAGGAGUCCCGAUCUAGAAAGGGAUGCAACUGGCGAAUCAGGCGGACCUGAUGAAAAAUCCUUCCGGUCACGGCCGUCAAAUGCUCUUCUAAAGGCAGCCGUGAAUCCAGGAAGACGCCCAAGUUGCGAGCCCUCUCCGUGGGGGCCAGCGAUUCGCCCCCUAUAGUCAGUAAUGGUGCCAACUGACUAUAUCGGGACGUCGGAAACCACAGCCACUCGGUCUUGGAUGGGUUGAGCCUGAGCCUGUUUCUCCCCAUCCAGAUCCGCACGGCCUCCAGGCACCGGGACAUCACUUCAAGGGCAUCAUUGGGGUAGUCCGGGGUGGAGAUGUACAACUGAGUGUUGUCAGCGUACUGGUGGUACUUCACCCCGAAACCACGGAUGAUCUCGCCCAGCGGCUUUACAUAAAUGUGAACAAAAGGGGCGAGAGGACCGACCCUUGUGGCACCCCCCAUAUGAGGGGCCUCAGGGUCGACCUCUGCCCCCCUGCCAACACAGACUGUGACCGGUCGGAGAAAAAGGAGGAGAACCACCAUAGUACGGUGUCUCUCACCCCCAACUCAUCAUUGCUAGUGUGUGCGGGGUUUGGUUUUUCUGUUUAUAUACUAGUAGUCCUUGAGUUACGAAUGUAAUGAAGCCUGGCAAUAACAUUAGUAAUCCGAAGAUUCGUUGGAGUGAUUCACGUCAAAGGAACGGGAUCGGUCCCUGCUUUCACCGAUGCAUUCGCUAAUUGAAUGCACGGGUUGUUACGUGCACAUGAGGUAUCUUAGGGUGGGGAAGGCUAUGGGGGCCUAGUGAUGGAACAGGUCACCUGCUUUAGACCACCCAAGGCCCCCCCUGACCAAGAUAAUCGUGCUCCCUCCCCUGAGGUCCCCACAAUUGCUCCCCCAUCCUGCCAUGCUGGGUCACUUACCUUGUGAAGAUCUAGCAAGCUGGUUCCUUUCCAUCUUCUCUGCCGUGGUUUCCUUCCAAUCUCAAUGUGAAAAGCAUUUGCAAGCUGACGAGAUUUUGGGGCAGCAAAAUAACAUUGUUUCAAGCUUCCUAUUAACUUGCAAAUGCUUUUUGCGCCGUUCCCAUCUCUAGUCAAACAUUCCAUUCCAGAUGGAAUGCGCCAUUCCAGAUCAUCACGAAAAGCGUUCAAGAUCAUGCGAGAUCAGUAACGCAAGAUUUCACACACACUACAGGUACUUUAGGUCUCUGUUCUCGCACUACAGUACUUUAGGUCUCUGUUCUCUGCAAACUGAAUCCUGUACCAGAUCUGUGGCAAAGGGCUUUACAAACGGAGGAAAGUCCUCUCCAUUUGCAAAGCCUUUUGCCACGGAUCUCAUGCAGGCCUUAAGGUAGCUAAGUGAUGUGUCAGUGGCAUCCCUGCCAGUGAUUUGGGGGGUGGGGGGAAUAUUCUUUCUGGCAGUUAGUUGAUUAGAGUAUUGUUUUCUGUUUGUUUGUUUGCUUGCUUCUUUGUCUGAUAUUAGUCCCUGCUUUUUGUGGUUUUCACUGCUGCAGAGAAUGUGGUUUUGUCUUUUUGUUCCCUUCUUAGUUUUUAAUUCUUUUUUGAGUGGUGUGUAAAUGUGGUUUAUCUCUAUGUAUCUAUUGGUGGCUGAUUUUUCUGAAUGUCAAGCUUCCAGGAAUUCCUAGUGUGUUUAUAUUUAGAUUGUUCUUGAAUGCUCAGUUUUCCAAUUGCAACUAUGGUUGAGUCUAUCUCUGUGUUGUGAGUUUAAGGAGUUUUCAUGGUGUCUUCUGAUUAUUAGUUGGUGUUCAUUGAUGCACUCUGUAGUCUUCUGCCUGCCUAUCCUACAGUAUAUAGUGGCUGUUGUAGUCCAUACUGUAUGAUAUAGAUGAACCCUAUUUUUUCUUGCACUAUUGGGUCUUUUGGUUUACUUAAGAAGACCAAUUCUUAAGAAAACAAUACUCUAAUCAAGGAACUGCUAAGGAAAAAACUACACACACACACACACACACACACACACACACACACACACACACACACACACACACACCAAUACCGAUAGGGCAAGCUACGGUAUAUAAACAGGAAGCAAACCCACACUCACUAGCACUGAUGUUACCUAGUCAGAUAAUGAAAUGUCUGUAAGCAAAAUACAAAGCUCAGAAAACACCAAGGCUCCACAGGUAGGGAACUGCUAUGUUUGGUGUCUUUGAAGUUGAAAUAUAGCUUGUAGUCUUUGAAAUAAAAAAAAAAAAAUAACAAUUUUGCAUACUGGCUGCUCAUUUUCUUUUAAAGCAAAGGGGAUAAGUGUUUAUAUAUCUCUGAGGUCUUAAGAUUUUUAAAAGCAGUAGAGAUGGAACCAGGCAGAGAAUCGGAUUCUCUAAAUCACGAAAUUUAUAAUAUUCAUAACAUUUCCCCUUACCCUUAUUGUUAUGCUUUAGACCAGGCUGUGGUCUAUUUUCUGAUAUUGUCUCAGAAUGUAACUGAGGGAGCCUCCAGAUUAUAAAUUUUUACUGUACUGUUUGUACAACCCUUAUGCUAACAAUAACUUUGACAAAACUAAGAGAAAGUAGCAUUGAUUUCCACUUGCUUUUUCAGUUGUUCCAAUUGGUGUAAUGAUUCAAUCCAAAGAGAGAGGACAAGCAAAUGGACCACAGUGACAAUAAUACUUCCUUUAUGGCCUGAUGUUAUUAUCUAUUCAUAAAGAGCUUCAAAAGAUUCAGUGUUUAGAAAAAGCUGCUAUAAUGCAAGAUAGAAAUUUAACUGUAAAAUAUGAUAAGAAAAAGACAACUUCCUGACUUUAAGGAUAUACUGUAAUUGUAAGAAAAUACAUAAUUAUAUGCAUAUUAAGGGGCAAGUGCAAACAAAGUUACGAACCCUCUUUGGUGAUCUGAUUGUCCUAGCAGCUAACUUCAGAGGCCUGCGUGUACCGUAUUUGGAGAUCUGCCAUAGCAGGUAACUUUAUAGGGUCCCUUUUGCAGCUAUCUGACAAAUUAACAUAACUGUUUAUUGAUAAAUAGUUUCAUUCGGGGAAAAUACGUUAUCCCGUGAACCAGGACAUUUCUUUUACAGGGCAAGUGUUUCUUUUAUUUUACAGGACAACCAGCACUACAGUGGAAUUUUUCAGUUGGAUUUUCAUUUUCAAAGGGGACAUUGAACAUAUGUAAUGCCAGAUUGGUAGAUCAUUUCUGAAUUUAUUAGUGUUACAUUAGAUGCAUAUGUGUAUUUCUAAAUAAAUCAAUAAAUUACAAUACAUUCAGUGCCAAACAGGAAAAGGUGAGAGGGUUUGCUAAAACAGAUCUUUAUUUACGAAAAUAACAACCUACUGUAGAGCUCCUAUCAAUUGUUCAGCUGUUCACCACAUUAAGUAUAUCAUUCCAAUUCAUUUUCAACCCAGUUUGAAAAUAUAAAAGAGAGCAUAUAUCUAAAAAAAAGUUAGCUGCAAAAUCUACAGGGCAAAGAUAAAGCUAUGUCAAAAAGUAUCAAAAGCAGUUCUAAUGAUUUUAGUCCCUCAAGCAGAAAAUCUUACAAGGGUCUGUCUCUCCAUUUCUCUGGCAGUAAAAAGACACGUCUUUGAAGAAAGCAGCAUAUACAUUUCCAAAAGAUUUGUAAUGUGAAUUUUGAGGGAAAAUCUCCUUGAGUUGAAUUCAACUUGUAAUAUUGAUACAUCCAUUUUGUUUAUUUGAACAUUUUUCUUAAUAUAUUAAAAUCAGUUUCCUAUUAUCCUAUGUGUACAUUUUAGAAGUACAUUUUUAAAAAAAUAAUAUGUAAUUGGAGAUAAUUGCACUUUUAAAAAAUUGGAUAUGAGAUGGUAGAUGGUCAUUAUAGUCAUCCACUGUUGUUUAGUCCAUGUGCAAAAAUAUAGGAGAAAUAUCUUUAAGAAGAUACGUUAGGAUUUGAAGCAAUGUGAUCAUUAAGUGUAUUACAUAAAUGCAAUACAUGAAACAUUGAAAUAGUUCUGGUAAAAGGGUAGUGUAUAAUAGUUCUAGUUCUGGUAAAGGCUGGAGAAAAUCAGAUCUAGAUAUAGAUGUAUCACUGGUUCCAGAUAUAUAUCUCCCUUCCCCUCUCUAAAUAUUCAUAUUUGAGGGUAUUUUUAUAUUUAUUACUUUAAUGAAUCAGAUUGUGUAGAUAGCAAGCACUUUGAUCUGAUCAGAUUGAUGACACAGCUUUAACCUUAUCCAGAGAAGGCAUGUUUCCUAAAGUCACACAUGAUCUGGCUAUGUUUAAAUUAAAUUAUUGUAUUCAUACAUACAGGUCUUUUGAUGAUUCAGAAGCUCUGACUUAUGAAGAAUACAGCUCCUUGUUUUAUCUGAGGAUAUGACCUACUUUGUAUUAGGUUUACUAUUGCCAGGGACUUUUCAGAACUAUGUCUUAGUGCUUUAAAUUCCUAAAUGGUUUGGGGCCAGGCGUUCUUACUAUACUAUGAAUCUAUCCAGAUAUCAAGAUAAACCUACAAGACCUGUUUGGAAGCUCACUAGCAAGAAUAUUAAAUCAGCUCUUUUCAUUGCUGUUUCCUGAAUUCUUUUGCUAGGCGUGUGCAUGCAGCCCUUGUGUUGAUGCUUUCACCAUGCCAUAUGCCUUUCACUAUUCAUAACCAUUUUUUUUUCUGAUUCAACUGCUAUGGUUAUAAAAGUAGAAUUUUAUUUUAAUAGAAGAAUUCCUUUGAUGGAUUAGUUGAGAAAGAAAUUUAUAAAUACCAAAACAAAUACUAAAAUUGAAUGUUUAUAUUCAUUCAAAGAAACAUCAAAAUUAUUAAACCAUUUCAAAAAUGUAAAUAUGCUAGAUAUGAAUACAUCACUAUCAUUAAAUUUUUAUACAGUGUAUACGUCUUUAAGCUCAGGAUACUAUGUGACUUGAGGGAUGGAUAAUGAUUCAUUAAUAAGAAAAAAAAUCCCCUUUAAUGGGAGACAGCAUUAUACUCAACACAGAGGGUGUUUGUUUUUUUAUUAUUAUUCUUGAAUAUAAUGAGCAAACUAUCUUAAUAUCUUAAGUUAUUCAGCCUACAUACAAAUCACUGUUUAGACUUUUAAACAUAUAAUUUUGGAAACAAAGGUAUGAAAGCACAGGAUCCUCACACUUAUUUUGCUUUUGUUUCAUUUGGUAUGAGAGCUUCCUCAAGAAGAAUGGAAUCUAUUCUUUAUUUUGAAUAAUGCUGUGUUAAUUCAAGAUACCUUUACUGGUUUAAAAUUCAUAUAACCUGAAAAAUAGAGAUUUUAAGUGUGUCAAUUGUCUCAGGAUAGUCCAUUAAUUAUUUUUGAAAUAAUGCCAUUUUGCAUAUGAUAUUUCAGAACAACUAAUAAUUAUGUGGCAUGUGAUUUAAUGGCCAGCAGAUAGGGAGAGGCAAGAUAAAGAUAGUGAAGAGAGAGCUAUUUGCUCAUAAUAGAUACUCAGAGUACUAAAAGUAUGAAGUUCAUACAUAUUUGUAUAAGGUUUUAAUAUCUGAUACAGUGUAAAUCUUUUUCUCAAAAUUAAGAUGCUAUAUUUUAGGGAACUCUACAACUUUUUUU